AUGGCCAAAGAUGGGUACGAGAAGCCGGCACCCACCGGCCUUGCCGCAGGCCUGAACAAGGGCUUCAUCGUCACCAGAAGGCAGCUGAAGCCAAAACCUUCUUACCGCAAGGGCAAGAAGUGUGGACGUGUGGCCCUCGUUCGCGAAGUGGUCCGCGAGGUGGUAGGCUUUGCGCCCUACGAGCGCCGCAUGAUCGAGCUGCUGAAGAUCGGCUCCGCCUCCACCUUCAAGCGCGCGCUGAAGUUGGCCAAGAAGAGGUUGGGCACCCACCGCCGCGGCAAGAAGAAGCGCGAUGACAUGAUGGAGGCCGUGGCGGCCAUGCGCCGCAAGGGAUGA